GUCCUCGUUAUCUUUGGGGCUUCUGCAGGUCAGCCCAAAGCGGUAUAGCGCCAGACCUUCGCACAUGGAAAUGUAAAUGGAGGUGGAUUUUGGGGCUGCGGCCAACCUGAAACCGUGCACCUCACUGAUCAGUCCCCGAAAAUGCACACGUGGCAGCAGUUCUCCAGUUGACAUCUUUGCCUGCACUGACCAUUUAGGAAGGGCACAACACCUGGCGCGCUAUAACAUCGUCUCCAUAGCUUCGCCACCAACCUCAACAACAACAACAACAUGGCGGCUUUUCUCAACUGUCCUACUGAACUCGUAGAUAGCAUCCUUGAGCAAGUGUUGUUCCGUGAUCUGGCCGCUCUGAGCCUCGCGAGCAAGAAGCUGCAUGAAUUCGCAACGCCGCAGCUUUACUCGGACAUUGACCUCAGCAUCCAUCAAGGGAACCCACGCCCUAUAAUUAACCUGACUCGGAGCAUUUUCAAUAACCCUGAGCUUGCGAAGCAUGUUAAAUCCGUGCGUUUGCGCGAUGGCGAUGAGAAGAUUCAAAAACUUUACAGAGGAUACUCUUACGACGAAAGUGUUCCCAAGGUCUCUCCCCCGCGACCGACAGACGAGGAUGGCAUGCCAGAAUUUAUUGAAUUCAUCAAGAACACCGGUCUAUCGUAUGCCCAUCUCUGGAUAGAUAAAUUGCGUAUAGCCGACUUCAACGCCUUUGUCGCACUACUACUGUCACGCUUGCCUGCCCUUAAGAGCUUUCGCGUCGGAUACGCAGCAGUCGUACCCUACAUUGAGAGGUCAGGUCAAAGAAACCCCCCAAACAUCGCAGGCGAGAACCAGUUUCUUGGUAAACUGUUCCAGUCCGCUGUCUUUAAUACAUCCAACCAUGGACUCUCUCGGUUCCAACACUUAGAAGAGAUAUCAUUCCCUGGACCGAUAAGCGUUAAUCCUGGCAAGAAUCCCGACUUUUGUAAUCCCUGUGAUAUGGUGGCUCUUCUUAGUCUUCCAUCGAUACGCAGUAUCCGGGGCUGGUGUUGGAACCCCCCCUCGUUUCCGUUCACUUGGCCUACAGCUCCACCAGAUCCAGUUCACCUCACAUCACUGGCUCUUUCAUACGUCCAUGUCGACUUCUUAGCACAGAUCUUAGCAACGACUCGCGCUCUUAAAACCCUAUACUGGAAAUGGAAAUGGAUACGGGAUACACAUCCCCUGAACACUGAUACGAUCGAUCUCAAUAGAUUUGUCGAAGCGGUGCAACCCAUUCGGGAUGCUCUCGAGGACCUCACCAUUGGUCUUGAGUUCGAUGACAUGUCUUGGGGUGGUAUUGAACCCGGGAUGAUGAAGGCCUUGGGAACUUUGCACGGCCUCGAGGGCUUCGGCAACAUCAAGCGAUUCCAGGCCCCUCUCGGGAUAUUGCUCCCUGACUGGAACUGGAAUGUCGGGAUAGACCCAGCCAGACGACUAGAAGACAGCUUGCCUUGCAACGUUGAGGUAGUGACGGUCACGGAUGCGUUCAUGUCAGAUUAUUAUGCAUACGACGAAUAUGAGGAAUUGGACUUCGUCCGAGCCUGGCUCCUCGAGACUGCAUCGACGAGGACGCCACGGCUUAAGGAGGUGUGUUAUUAUCUUGAUCGCAAUGCUUCUGAGUUUGAGGAAAAGAGUUGCGAACCGAUCAAGCAAAUCUUUGAGGGAACGAAUGUGAGUUAUAGGAUUAUCAAGGCGAGGGACGAGAAGCCGUGGGAAGCCGUGUGAAGAAAGCCGGCGAACGUGAAGUAUGCAGUCCAUAAAUCGCUCACAAGUAAACAGCAGCAUGUAGGUGAUAUGGACGUCGAUGGGUAUUUGGUCGAUCACGGUAACGUCACUUCGGUAUUCCAGAGUGACGUUAUACUCUUCUGCGUCCGAAAGGCGGUCUAAGGGUUGCAGAAAAUUCUCUUUGAAGUUGGUGCGGACUGCAUCGUCGAGGUUGGUGGUAGUUUUGAGAACCGUUCGUUUUGUCUUGGUGUAGACGACAAGUGCGCCUUUUAAGAGUCUUGAGACUUAGGGUUAACGUUCCCACUCGAUACCAGAUGCGUCAAGUAAGUGUAGCAUAGGAGGUCGAGGGCGCAAGGAUGGAGGUCUCCUGACCUCACCUCGGUAGUAGAGCCAUGUCCAACUUGGUAUGUC